ACGAGACAGGGAACAAAUAUAAUGUUUUCAUAGUUAAAACCAGCAGAAUUUACCGCUCCUAAUUUGCUAAAAAAAACACGCUCAGUCUAUUUAUAGAGAGAUACAUGUUUCACAGUCCUUACAUUUGGCAAUAGUCCACAUUUAGCUGUGCGCGAUAACAAUACGAUUUGUUGUCGAACAAAAGGAAAUGUCAGUCAACAGGUAAACAAGUUGGACAUAGUCUGUCGGUGCAUUAUUAAUUGUGUACGAACGGAGAGAGAAACACACCGCAGACUUGUUUACAUGUCUGGAGUUCGAAGGUGUGCACACCAGGUGGAGAGUAUGUUCAACUUUUGACUGCGACUUUAAGAACGAGGGAUGGAUGGUGAGAGAGGUGAUGGAGGUGGAGGAGAAGCGGAGGUGGAGGAUGAGUUUGCGUGUGCCGGGAUGCUGCGGGGAUCUCUGACCUCCCUUCACGACACCGUGGAGCGGAUAUUUUGGGUGACGUUUGGGAUCGGGGCGGACGAGCCGUCUCACGCCAACAACGGGCAGAUAUGGCUGAAGCUGAGAGGGCUGAGCGACGACGUGAAGGCUGCCAAAUUAUUUGUGAAAGGACUCGUGAACCAGGAGGAGCAGCAGGAGGUUUCUUAUCCCGGCAUUCUUCACUGCAUCUUCUGUGGAGCCCGAGGGCUGUUCAUGGACUGCCUGACGAAAAACACCUCGGCACAUAUAGUGGUUGGCUCCACAGGAUUCCUGCUGAUAUCGGGUCUUGCAGAGCCGGUGGUGCGAGCCUACUCCCUUAUAACGGACCUGGUGGGGCGGUACGAGGGCACGCAGUCCAGGCACCCGGAGGCCGCAGACAGGGUACCCGGCGAGUCUCUGGAUUCACGCCGGGCGUUUAAAAUUCUGGUGGAGAAAUGGGAGGACAAGCACAUCCUGGAUCUUCUAGUGCUGCCGGGGUCGGUGAAGGAAAUCCUGCUGGAUUUGGUGAGAGAAUCGGGGCUUGGAUCGAGCCCCGGCCCGGCUCUGACGGAUGGAAAUGCGGCAGCGGGAUCACACGAGGAUUCGGAGGAUAUAUGGGACAAACCUUUCACCGUUACGUACACACUUCCUGAGCCUUCUAUGACUGCAGACUGGUGGGUUGAAGGUUUGACUGCAGGUUCGGGGAAAGACUCCGCAUCCGAGGACUCCUUAUUCCAGUUAGUGUCUGGGGUCACCCGAGGGAGGGCAGAGGGGGCGGAGGUAAGACUCAUAGGUUCUCCUCAGGAGGUGGGAGAAGAGCAGCCGGAGUUGGGUACCAAGAUGGAAGAGGCACGAGGAGAGGAGGAAGAACAGGAGCUGCAGUUGUCAGUGGGGAACAAGGAGUUUUGGCUUCUUUUGAAGUUCUUCACAGCCAUGGGGUACACGGAGGAUGUCGUCAAGCGAGUCCUCGCCCGAACGGGACCCAAAGAGGCCUCGCAGAUCCUGGACGUGGUUCAGCAGGAGCAGGAUCGCACUGACCGUGAGCAGAGAAGUAAAGGUCAAGACGGCGCUGCCUCGAAUCAAAGCGAGAGGAAUCGACCCUGCGAGACGGAGCACAGAGAAGACGAAGAAAUGGAAGUAGGGGGAGAUAAGGUGGGAGAGGGAGCGACGGGAAGCGCAAGACACUUCGAGGGGAAAGGUGGCGCCGAGGAAAAAGGGGAAGGACACGAGGAAGACUUCGUCCUGGGAGUGGUGAAGAAGGCGGCAGCCAGCUGCGGGUACAUGGAGCAGAAAGUGGCCAAAGUCUACAGCAUGUUGCCCGAUAGAUCCACUCACCAGCUGCUCCUGGAGCUGCAGAGGGAGGGGAGCAAAGAGACGGACGCCCUGAGGGAGGGGCCGAGAGAGAUGGACGAUGUGGUGCUGGAGGAAGAGAGACCAAAAGUUGGACCUUCUCGGGGCAAAGCAAGAGAAGUUGAGCUUUUCUUACCAGCAGAAAAGAGAAAAUCUGACGAUAGAGGACGUGUAGAAGGGCCAAAUCAAACCGUAUCUGAGUUUAUUAAGUUCCAUAAACUCACAGACUCACAAACUCCACACCAAGUCAUCCUUCCUGAAGUCAAAGGGCCGCCCAUGCCUACUUAUCCCUCACCCCUAGAUCCUCCACUCACUCAUUUCCAACCCAACAAACAAUAUGGCCAAACCAACUACUGGUCUGAUGCAUCCACCUCGAAACAAGACCACCCAACCCGAGACAACGUCUUCAACCCCAAACCCAAGUCUUCUUCUGUCUUAAAACAAGCGCUCCAAGCCCCUCAGCUCCCCGUCUUCACAAGAGCCGACUCGUCUCCCACCAGAGCGAAGGAAAGACGAGGCUUCGCGGCCGCCUCUCCUUCGGUGGUGGUGACGGGGGAGCAGCGUUUCAUGGAAGGCCUGCAGAUGCACUUCGACCUCCAGCUCACAGACAAACCUGGCGACUCGAAAGUGAGGACGAUCAUCAUUGACGGGAGCAACGUGGCCAUGAGUCACGGGUUGGGUCACUUCUUCUCCUGUCGAGGAAUCGCUCUGGCCGUCCAGCACUUUUGGGAUCGAGGCCAUCGACACAUCAGCGCCCUCCUGCCGCAGUGGAGGCAGAAGAGCGACCCCAAGAUCAAAGAGCAGCACUAUCUGACCGAGCUGCAGAAGCUGGGCCUGGUGUCCUACACCCCCUCCAGAGAGGUGCAGGGCAAGAGGAUCAGCUCGUACGACGACAGAUUAAUGCUGCAGCUCGCGCAGAAGACAGAUGGAGUGAUCGUGACUAACGACAACCUGAGAGACCUUUCAGACGAGUCCCUUGUGUGGAGGGACAUCAUCAAAAAGAGACUUCUUCAGUACACGUUUGUCGGGGAUCACUUCAUGGUGCCGGACGACCCUCUGGGCAGAGGAGGGCCUCACCUGGAUGACUUCCUGCGCUCAGAGCACAGGACUCCGGACCCAGGAAACCACUCUUUUGCCGGCGUAGCCACCGCUUUCCCCUCCUCCAAACCUCCUCGCUCCCAAACGGAGCUCCUGAACUUCCGCGACCGAACGCUGGGCGGAGCGAGCCGGGGGAAAGGGAGGGGACACGGAAAAGGGUGGGACAUGGGACACCAGCAAGGUGUUGAUGCUUCGGGACUGGGGUUCAGCGCGGACAGGAGCCCGGAUGAAACGGCCAGCCUCAGAGAGCAGCUCUGUCAGGUUUUUCCGGGUCAGGACAACAUGGUGGCGCUGGUGCUGCAGUGCCACCCGGCAGAGACGGACAUGAAUGUGCUGUCUGAUCUGAUGCUGAGGCAGUAGAAGGACUAGGCAUCUUUUAGUCUUAAUACUUUAUCUGGGAAAAUUCUGACUUUUCUUACGCUAAAGUUUGCCCUUGUUUUUAAGUCAUACAAUUUUGUUUACCACCAACGCAGCUACGACAAACCCCACCGGUUAAUCAUUGUUCUGCUUAAGCAAGGAUUUUACAACAACAAAAAAACGACAAAAUGAUCAGAUGAGUCCAACAUAUCCAGCAUUUGAAUACAGGUCCGUUGUCUCAUGUAUUCACUCCCACGUUUGCAGAUUCUCUGCAGAUUUUUAAAGUUAUUUUUCGACCUUUAAAAGUAGGGUUGGACUAGUUUUCCCUAAAUCAAGAUUCCCAAUUUAUAUUUUGCAUCCUUUGCAUCCUUAUUGAUCCUAUACAGGUGAAAGGACCACAUUGGAAAAUAGAUGAGGCUAGAGAAUGACAGGCGGGAAGAAAUUUAAAGAGGUGCUCACCAUAAGGAGAGAGGUUUGGUCCCUUUAAUCUGUCGUUCACUGACGAACAAAUAGAAUAGAGAUGCAAUAUAAUACCUGAACAACCCAUGGAUUGCCCAUGGAAUAUCAUAAAGAUAUUCAUGUUCCCCAGAGGAUGAAUCCUCAUGAAUUUGAUGUUCUCCUGACUUUUUACUCUCUCAGCACUUUGAUUUAUGAUCAAAUACCUGAAAAACAUUCCCAUCAGCUGUACUUUGUGUCGAAUGCUAGCAUGCUAACGGGCUAAACUGACAUACGAACAUGGUAAAACCUGCUUUACGUCGGCACGUUAGCAUUGUGAGUAUGUUAGCAUUUAGCUCGAGUGCAGCCUCACAGAGCCGCUCGCCCCGUUGUUGACUCUGUAUGUCUUAAAAACACGACCAAUGCAUAUGGAACAUCCUCCUCGGGGUUGUUUAACCGUUUCAGGUCAUCUUCAGGCGACCGCGUGUUUCUUUUAUCAUGCAACAGUGUUAAAGCGGAAUUAAUUCUCUCUCAUGUUUUCUUGUGAGAACCAGCGCGUCCUCUAUUAUUUGUGCUUCGAGCAACUAGAGUUGAGAAAAUAGUUAAAUGUUCCUUUUUUUUAAAAGAGGAUUUCUAUCUUUUAGAAAAGUCGUUUUUAGACCGAGCAAUAAAUAAAAUGUUAUCUGUCGUUAUUCUGAAUUUAUUAUAACCUGCUGAUCUUAAAAUUGUAUAGCUACCUGUUUACAAAAACAAAAUACAGACAAUAAGAGGCACAUAGUUGUUGUAUCAGUUGUCGGGGAUGUCCUUUUGCAACGCUACAAUAAUACUAAACCAAUCCUUACAAUAUCCUGUACACUUAUUUUUAUAUAUUUAAUUUAUUUUAAGCAGGUCUGACGUCGACAUGAUUGUACACCAUGAUCAUGCAGAGUGUGUCUGGAUGAGGAGGCCUAAAUCAAACCAUGUAUCAUCCAUAUAGCUCCUGUGACCAAAGAUCAGAUCCUCAAUUUAUCACAGUUCACCAGCUCUUAUUUGUAUUGUUCAUAUAUGUACAUUUUGAGAGAUUGAUGCUGAUUUCUGCCCAUGUCUUCUGUAAAGCUAUUUCAAAAAAGUGUCUUAAAAACGUCUUGAAAGUGUUUCCAUGGUACUGUGUGUCUCUGAAUUACUUAAUUCAGUUUUCUUUUGCAGGUAUUUAGGUUAAAACGGGGCUGAAUUUGGUUAGAAAGUGGUGUUGAGGUUAAUUAUAACCAAUAUCACAGCUACAUUUAAAGAGUGAAGCUUUGUGUGAAGCCUGAAUAAAAUAUAAAAAGCAGUUAUAUGCAAUCUAGAUGAAAGAAAUGUUCAUUUUACAUUCAAUUACAUUUAGCUCUGAUUUCAUCUGCCGUUUUGACCUGCACAUCACCAGAUUAAUACUUAGUGGGAUUAAUGUCUGCGACAGUGGAGUGUGGUCAUCUGGACCGGCCCUAGUGCUAGUUUCUAGUUACGAAGCACACACACACACCAUUGUUAAGUAAUUAAAUAGAGACUUGACAUCGGACAACAUCAACAUACUAAAGCGUAAGAUAAACAGGCAGGUUUUAGUUGGUUUCUAAUCAACUAAUAGUCCAUUUUAUGGACAGUUUUAAGUAGUUUGACUUCAAAUACACAGUUAAGAACAACACGAGUAAAUAGAAACCAGAUGAAUGGUUCAGAUUCAUGGACCUUUUUCACAGCAGACAUGUUUGACUUGUCACAUAAAUAGCAUGAAGAGCACAGGUGGAACUAAGCAUGUGUGCCAGACGUCAGUCACCUGAGUUUGACGGCUGUAUGUGCUUUAGGGAACCACAGAACUGGAUUUUCAGCAUAUUAACAGGUAAUGUUGAACAUACUGGAGCCUACACAUCCACACAUCUUGUUUAUUCCCACUUUGACUGUACAUUUAAGCAGUUCUAUGUGCUAUUUUAUUAAUUAAAAGCUCUUGUAACAGAUUUAGGGACUGCAGUUACUGCCAGAUGUGUCAUUUAUACAGAAUAUGAAUCCUGUGACAAUCAAAUAAACUGCUGUUCACAACAAUGUCCUUUAGGGGUCGCACUU